AUCUGUCAAAACGGUCGCCCUACGAAACCUGCUCCUCAACAAAAUAUCAAAUAUAGUGAGAAAGAUCGCGAAACAAGCCUUUUUCCCGUGUGGGUGCGUGCGUGCGUCCGUCCGUCCGAAAAAUUUCGGGAUUCUGGUUGGCCUUCUUCACAACCCCCACAAAGGAAGGGCGUUGGAAUUCGCUUAGUGUAGUGUCGCGAUAUCGUCGAGCAUUGUGCUUUCCAGCGUGAAUCGUCGUGCGGCUGCGAGUGCGUGUGUACGGUCUCCCGUUCGUGCGUGUGUGUGUGUGCACCGUGUGUGCGUGUGUGUGUGUGUGGCGGGGGUGUGAAGAAAGGGUGUGGAAAGGGGGAGGGGGAAGGUCGGAGUGCAGUGUGUGGCCAAUAGUUUCUGUGGGGUUUGGUGGUGUUGUAAUCGCAAGUUCUAUGUUCUGGUGCGUGAUUCCGUCGGUUUUGCAUAGCUUUCUGCGCUAAACCCGCGUUGUAAAUAAGUGGUAUCUACGAUCCUCCCCAGCAUCGAUGGCGGCAUUAUCUUCACGAAGAUGGUUUCAUCGAUCCGUGUCCGGUGUGGAGGCAGAAACAAUGCUUUUGGAGCGUGGCUUCGAUGGUUCAUUUCUCGCCCGACAUUCCUCCUCCAGCCCGGGUGCAUUCACACUGUCCGUUCGGCGUGGUCAAGAGGUGACCCACAUCAAAAUCCAGAACAAUGGUGAUUUUUUCGAUCUCUACGGUGGUGAAAAAUUUGCCACCCUAUCCGAGCUUGUGCAGUAUUACAUGGAAAAUGGUGAUCAGUUAAAGGAGAAAAAUGGACAAAUCAUCGAACUGAAACAACCAUUGAUCUGUGCCGAACCUACUACCGAACGAUACUUUACGCCGUAGGAGCUUAUUCGUCACUGCUUAGGAUGAAUUCUCUGGCUGCUAAUGCGUUGUAGUUCUCGACUAAUGUGACCGGAUGGAAAGACGAUCUCUAAGCUAUAGAAAUAGAUAGUUCUUUAUGGUAUUCGCGUGACUACACUGCAGCUUUAGACUGUAGAUCAUACUAAAAACACAAAUCAUAGGCAUGGGAGACUAAGCGUAAAAGCCUGGACGAUGUUAUGUCCUUCGACGAGUUGCUAUCUAAUAUUUCUCGCAGAUUUUAUAAUAAUCCAUUUGGAUUGUUUAGUGAUACGAUAACAAUAAUUUAGACAGAUUAAAAAUGCAAUUUAAAGCCUUAUACUUCCCAACAGUUACAAUCGCCCGUAGUAUUUAUUAAAAUCUAGCAAUUGUUCGGAUAUUCGUUACACACAGAUAGAAUUCGAUACACACAGAUAAAUUUGGUCCCUCCAUACGAACACGCAUUGUAAGAAUGAUAGAAUGAACUAUAAAAAAUAAGAGCAACAGCAACAGAUCAACUUAGAAGCAUUUGAUCAAAUUAGACGCUUUAACGAAAAUCUUUGUGAAGUUAAAUUUCAAGGAUAUAGAAUUAGUAUUCAACUAUCUAGGAUGUAAAUCUCCCUGUACUGCCAUUUGUGAAAUGUCAAUAACAACAAGUGAAUUUUAUUAAAAUGAUUACCAAUUUAUUAUAAUUUUUUUGCUGUUACAUCUUAGGGUUCCAAGUCGUUUGUAAAUUGAUUUGAACUGACAUGGGGUCCCUACAAUCGAAGUACAAUCUUAAGAUGGAUUUUUGAAUUGUAGGCAACAGAUGAGAUUUAGGUUUUGAUAUAUUCCUAGAACAGAGCUACAAAUAUUACUGAUUCUUAAACGAAACCAUAAAUUCUGCUUUGUGUCAAUACAUUCUCAAUUGGUCUUACAUCACAAAAAAGAUUGGAACUAUGGAAUUGAAAUGUUUCGAAUGUCAAUAUCUGGAAAUGCUUAAAUAAUUCGCAUGUUGGUACUUACAAUACGAAAAACAUUUAUGGAGAAUGUAAUAUUUGAAGUCGUUUAGUGGUUCAGAUUGUGUUAAAGACCGUAUUUGGUUUUUCAUAAAUUCAUAACAAAUACAUACGAGUUUAUUUUGAACAAUUUCACAUAAUAUGCUUGUAAUUUGAUCCCGUGCAUUGUAACAUUAAAGUUAAACGAACAUACCCUUUUAAAAAUACGGAUUGAGGUCAAUGAAAUAUCAUGCCGUAUGCGUAUGUAAAUGCGAAAGACAACCGAUGGACCUAGGGGGUGUACCUUAUGUCGCUGAUAAAAAAAUAUAUAUUUUAUUUGUUUGUGUAUUUAGAAGGUCAGUAGGAGAUUGUGUCAAAUCAAGGAAAUGGCCAACCAUUGCCACCGGCAAGGUUGGAUUACUCACCGUCAUGCCAGGCUCGCAUGAUUAUGGUACCAUUGUGUCUAUUACGAUACUAGACCGCCUGUCGCCAAACAGUUUUCGGUAAGAUUCGCUUUAAAGCAUCGACAUUGAACUUUACGUGAUGCUGAAAAUAUUGCAGCUGAAUUGGUUUAGACCGGUUUGUUUCGGAUGAUCAUGAUUUACAUAUAUUUUGAUGCAACCCUGACAGAACCAGUUUAUGCUUGGGAUGAGUUUUAUUUCGGGUAAGAGGUGAACUCAAUACUAGACAAAUGCGCAAAGCUUCGAUGAUUCAGCAGUUGUGUAAUCAUUGGUUUGUGGUUCAUUUAGGGUAUCGAUUUUGCAAGUUUUCCUUGCAACUGUUUAUCAGAUGUAUUCUUAUUAAUAUGAUCGUUGCGAUUAAAGUGCAAGUUA